CGACGGCGGUGCCAAAUAUUUGAAGCCCGCCCACGGCGGUGUCAUGUUUGCAAAAUUCUCUCCAUUCGCCGGUUUUGCGCAUCCCCUCCCUCCCUCCAUCUCUCUCUGCGUUCGUGGUGCUCGGCCAUGGCGGACUACCACUUCGUGUACAAGGACGUUGAGGGGGCGAGCACACAGUGGGACGAUAUCCAGCGCCGCCUCGGGAACCUGCCCCCGAAGCCGGAGCCCUUCAAGCCGCCGCCCUUCGCCCCCAAGGUCGACGCCGGCGAGCAGCCCAAGUCCAAGGAAUGGCUCGACGAGCGCGAGGCCGAAGAGCUCGAGGAACUCGAGGACGACCUUGAUGACGACCGCUUCCUCGAGCAGUACAGGAAGAUGAGGCUUGCCGAGCUGAGGGAGGCCGCAAAAGCCGCGCGAUUUGGUAGUAUAGUUCCCAUCACUGGCUCGGACUUCGUGCGGGAGGUGUCUCAGGCACCAUCAGAAGUUUGGGUUGUGGUCUUCCUCUACAAGGAUGGGAUACCUGAAUGUGGAUUGCUUCAGAAUUGUUUGGAGGAAUUGGCUACAAGAUACCCAGCGACAAAGUUUGUUAAAAUUAUCUCCACGGACUGCAUCCCCAACUACCCAGAUAGGAAUGUUCCUACAAUACUGGUGUAUAACAACAGUGCUGUCAAAGGGACUUAUGUUGGUUUGCAGAAGUUUGGUGGAAAGAGAUGCACACCUGAAUCUGUUGCAUUAGCCCUUUGCCAGUCAGACCCGGUACUGAAUGAUGGGCAUGGUGGCAGCCAUUCAUCUCGGGACAAUGUCAUAGAAGGUGUUCGCAGGAAGUUCAUAGAGAAGGUUGUAGCCCAGCAUGAAGAGCGGGAAGAAGAGGAUAGUGACUAAGCGUAUAUUGUUUGUGUUUGUUUUCCUCAGCUGGCAGAUCCAAUUUGGUUCCAACGUUCACUGAUCUUAUGUGAUUUUGUGGGUGAAAUUUGCCAGGGUUUUCUGAUUACCUGGUUGUGCGGGUGAAGCUUUUAACAGUUUAUGGAUCAUAUUGCGUUACAGUUAGAGAUGUCUGUGGGUCAGCAAAAUCUUGGUGUUAGUAACCUUUUGAGCUGUAACAUAACUUCUUUAUCUUAUUUAAGAGAUCAAAGAUGAUUAGUGCACUU